GGCGACCCGCCGCAUGGAGGCCGGCUGAGGCGCGCCGACCGCCACGGCUCUGCCCUCGCUGCCAGGAGCCACCGCCCAGCCUUCCAGCCAUGGAGAGCGAGGAGGAGCGGCCACCUCAAGAGGCCAGCAGCCUGAGGGGGACAUCAGAGGACGCCCCACGCUGUGACCUGCUUGGGGCCUCCCAGGCUGAUGCAGAAGCUGCGGCCACGUCAGGGCCCGCGGAGGAGGUGCCCCGGGCGCUCCCUGGAGACCCCCAGAACCUGUCUGACGUGGACGCCUUCCACCUGCUCCUGGAGGUGAAGCUGAAGCGGCGGCGGGAGCGCCCCAAGCUGCCCCGCACCGUGACCCAGCUGGUGGCCGAGGAUGGCAGCAAGGUGUACGUGGUGGGCACGGCCCACUUCAGCGAUGACAGCAAGAGGGACGUUGUGAGGACCAUCCGGGCGGUGCAGCCCGACGUGGUGGUGGUGGAGCUGUGCCAGUACCGCGUGUCCAUGCUCAAGAUGGACGAGCGCACGCUGCUGCGGGAGGCCAAGGAGCUCAGCCUGGAGAAGCUGCGGCAGGCCGUGAGGCAGAACGGGGUCAUGUCGGGGCUCAUGCAGAUGCUGCUGCUGAAGGUGUCCGCCCACAUCACGGAGCAGCUGGGCAUGGCGCCCGGCGGCGAAUUCAGGGAGGCCUUCAAGGAGGCCAGCAAGGUGCCUUUCUGCAAGUUCCACCUGGGCGACCGGCCCAUCCCCGUGACCUUCAAGAGGGCCAUCGCGGCGCUGUCCUUCUGGCAGAAGGUGAAGCUGGCCUGGGGCCUGUGCUUCCUGUCAGACCCCAUCAGCAAGGACGACGUGGAGCGCUGCAAGCAGAAGGACCUGCUGGAGCAGAUGAUGGCGGAGAUGAUCGGCGAGUUCCCCGACCUGCACCGCACCAUCGUCUCGGAGCGCGACGUCUACCUGACCUACAUGCUGCGCCAGGCCGCCCGGCGCCUCGAGCUGCCCCGCGCCUCCGACGCCGAGCCCCGCCAGAGCGUGCCCGCCGUGGUGGUGGGCGUCGUGGGCAUGGGCCACGUGCCCGGCAUCGAGAAGAACUGGACGGCCGAGCUGGACGUGCAGGAGAUCAUGACCGUGCCCCCGCCGUCCGUCUCCGGCAGGGUGUCCCGCCUGGCCGCGAAGGCUGCCGCCCUGGGCCUGCUGGGCUACGGCCUGUUCUGGAUGGGCCGCCGCGCCGCCCGCCUGGUCCUGUCGCUGCCCGCCGCCCAGCUCUGCCUGCAGCGCGCGUCCGAGGCGCGGCCGCCCGAGUAG